AAAGUAGAGAGAGAGAGAAAAAGAUAUCUACCUUAGGGAAGAACCUCAGAGAGAGGGAGGGAAGGAGAGGACGGGUAGGAGCGUGUGUGCAUGUGUGUAAGAGACACUUAUUCUCUUAACUACUAGGAGACAGACACACUUUCCUGGCCCGACUCAAAGAAGGGGGGAAAACAGGAGGAAGAUUUUUUUUUUCAAUAUCAUUUUAAUCUUCCCCUCAUUCAACAAUCAAGCUGCCCUAAAGCUUCUCUUCCUGGAAACUCUUCUUCAUUGCCUGCUGGAAGUUCUAUGUAUUGAUCCAUUUACCCUCUCACACACUACAAGGCUUACCUCAUGGAUUUGUAUCUGAUUGGAUAUUUGAUGUGUGUGUGGUUGUCCAGCUCACGGGUGCUUGGAGGCUAUCCCAUCUGGUGGUCCCUGGCCCUUGGGCAGCAGUACUCGUCUCUGGGCUCCCAACCCAUCCUGUGUGGCUCUAUCCCCGGCCUGGUGCCCAAGCAGCUGCGUUUCUGUCGCAACUACAUAGAGAUCAUGCCCAGCGUUGCUGAAGGUGUCAAGCUGGGGAUCCAGGAAUGCCAGCACCAGUUUAGGGGCCGCCGGUGGAACUGUACCACCAUCAAGGACAACCUGGCCAUCUUCGGCCCUGUGCUAGAUAAAGCAACCAGAGAGUCAGCGUUUGUCCAUGCUAUAGCUUCAGCAGGCGUGGCGUUUGCAGUGACGCGCUCCUGUGCUGAGGGCACAUCCACCAUGUGCGGCUGUGAUUCCCACCACAAGGGACCCCCCGGGGAGGGCUGGAAAUGGGGCGGCUGCAGUGAGGAUGCAGAGUUUGGGGUGCUGGUAUCCAGGGAGUUCGCAGACGCCAGAGAGAACCGGCCAGACGCUCGCUCUGCGAUGAACCGACACAACAACGAGGCAGGACGCACGACCAUCCUUGACCACAUGCACCUGCGCUGUAAAUGCCACGGCCUGUCAGGGAGCUGCGAGGUGAAGACAUGUUGGUGGGCUCAGCCAGACUUCCGCAUGCUGGGCGACUACCUGAAGGACAAGUACGACAGCGCCUCGGAGAUGGUGGUGGAGAAGCACCGCGAGUCACGAGGCUGGGUGGAGACACUGCGAGUCAAGUACAACUUCUUUAAGCACCCCACUGAGCGUGACCUGGUCUACUAUGAGGGCUCACCCAACUUCUGCGAGCCCAACCCGGAGACCGGCUCCUUUGGGACACGCGACCGGGCCUGCAACGUGUCCUCGCAUGGCAUCGAGGGCUGCGACCUGCUGUGCUGCGGCCGCGGACACAACACCCGGACUGAGAAACGCAAAGAGAAGUGCCACUGCAUCUUCCACUGGUGCUGCUACGUCAGCUGCCAGGAGUGUGUGCGCGUCUAUGACGUUCACACAUGUAAGUGAGAGAGGCCUGUGCUUUCAGACAAACUGACUGCUGGACUACAAGUGCUGCCCACCCGCCCUCCAACUCCCCCAAAUCCUGCACGACCUCCCUGCUUCCCCACCCUCCCUCAAGACACAGACUUGCACACUCUGCAUCCCAUACAAAAAAACAUAUUCAUCAGCACACACACACUCAGGCCCUAAUGGGUAAUGGCACAUCAGUAAUGGAUACUUUUUUGUUUUUUAAUGAAAACCCUGCUCUAGAAUCCGUCUUCCAAACCACUACAUUUCCAUAAUAUCUGACCAGAGAGUGUCCUGUGUUGACCUGACUGAUAGUCUAGUCCGCUCUCAUGGGAAGAAGCUAGAGUUGUGCCCCCCCCCCAUCCCGCGCCUUUCUUUCCCUUGCAGCAUUGGGCCCCCUCCCCUCCCCUCCCCCUUGUCUUUAUUUAUUUCCCCCCUCCAUGCCAACACAACGUCUGUGGCAUGUACAGUAACACUUUUUACCUGUGAGAUUAAUGCAGUAAAAAAAAAAAAAAAAAAAACUUUCAGACUCUCUUUGCUUUUGAAUAAAAAGCAUCUUCUAACUAACACCUCACUUCUCUGGCCGGUCUGGCCGGUUUACCUUUUUUUUUUUUUUUUUUAAACUAAACCAACCUCUACACUGUCACUUAGUCGUAAGUGAUACUGAACACGUCGGCAGCCCCAGGAAACCAUCACUUUGUAACUACUGAACUGAACUGAAAACAGCAGGCAGGUGUUGGAAGUGCCACAGUCCUGUCUUUUGUUAACUACUGAGCUGAUGAAAUCCUCAGUGUUGCUACUCCCCUGCUGACUGACUCUACUGCACCAGUCGACCGGGGAGCCUGGAAGAUAUAUGCUACAGCCUGAUUUUAUAGCCCUGCAUUUCUGAAAUAUUACCAUUGGGCUGGGACUGGAGGUAUGCAGCAUGUGUGUGAACAAGCAUGCUCAUUCCACUAACUAAUAACCCUACACAUGUAUAUGUAUGCACUAUUCAGUUACACAUUACUCCAGGUGGUAAAAAUUUGAGCGUUGUUUAUGCGAGCAAAUUCUUCUUGGUUGCGAGCUAUCGGCUCUUAUGAAUGACGACUUUGUUCUGCAUUCGGGCACCAUCAACCUGUAAAUUGCUCAUGAUUUCCACAAAGUGUGAUGCAACACGGUCAUACAUUAUUCAAUAUAAGGAGCGUUGUGGUGAACAACAGCCAGGGAAAGAUAGCGCUCAAAUUAUGUGAGUAGGAGAUCAUUUAUGCAUCAAACUGGAAGCUUAAGCAUGUUUAAUAACAAUUCUGGUCUCAUGAGCAAAGGGAUUAUUGGGAGCUCGUUUUAGCAAACACUUCAAGCGUUCAUCCGGUCCAUCUUACAGAAUUUUGUCUGAAGCAAAUCUUUCUUUUAUCACUGUAAAAAAAAAAAAAAAAGAAAAGAAAGAAAAAAAAGGGGGACAUGUGACGACAUGUGGAUGUGGACAGAUUCAAAGUAGGUUCUGAUUGGCUUUCACAUCCUCCCUUCCUUCUCUCUAUAUUUUCCCCUGAGUUGGACAGUUGAGGUUUUUAAGAACCCUGAUUUAUGAACUUGUACUCUUGUCAGUACACCCCAAAACUGCCUAGCUCUUCUGGUUUUGGAGAUAUUGGAAGAACAAUAUACUGUAAUUUACUCCAAAUAUUUUUUUCAGAGGCAUGGAUGACUGCCCAGUUGACGCUGACUUGUAAUUUUUAACAAAAGGAAAUGAUUUUCAGAUCAUUGAGGAAAAAUAGCUGUGAUUUCUGGGUGGACAGAGAAGACUUCCAGUUCAUGUAGAUUCUCGAGUUCUUAUCCUGAGAACAUUGAGCAGAAAGAGGUUGGGAAACUUCAUCAGGAGCCCGAUGAUUUAUGUGUGCAAGAUGUGGAUGUGUGUGUGUGUGUGUGUGCGUGAUAGUUGCCAGUGACAAACAGAAGUAAAGUGGAAAAAAGGAUGGAUGGAUGGAUGGAUGGAUGGCAGGCUGGCUCUUCACAAUGGUGGAACAAACUGAGAGAGGUUUCCACCCAACAUGUUCUGACAGUCCCACCUGCUUCCUAUUAAUUAUAUUCAACAGCAAAAACACACGUUACCCAGUAGUGUAUAGGCUGUCCUCUCUUUGUGACAUAGCUUAGCAUUUGUGUCAUCUUCUACACAGCCCCUCCCUACCUGGGCCUACCUUUCUGUGUUCAGUUCCCUCCAACCCCCCCAACCCCCUCACCUUUCCCUCUCCACCUCCAUCUCCCCCCCGCUAUAUCCAAAGUUUUGUACAAAUGUUUUAAAGUGAAUAAUUCCCUUUUUAUUUUAUAAUCGUAAAUGUUAUGUUUUUAUAAAUAUUAUUUAUUAUACAAUGUAUAUAUCUGUAUGACUGAACUAAGAUUAUAUAUUUGAAG